UAAUGGAAAAAUUUCGUCAUCAAAUUCCUAUUUCCAAAUUACCUACAAUUAAUAAUAUCGAUAGAAUCGAGAAAGAAUAUAUUAAACGUAAAUCUGGAACAACUGUUGAAGAUUUAUUAUCACAAUUUGGACAUACAUUUUUCGGUUCAACCCUUUUAAAUGUUUAUUAUGGAAGAGAAAGAGAUGAUGAAGCAGGAAGUAACACCAAUCUUAAUCACACUAAUAAUGGAUUUCGAUAUGAUUUGGCACAGUCAAUACAUCAUUUAAUUCGUACUAUUGAUAACGAUUUAUUGUAUUCUGAAGCAAGAUUA